CGCGGGAGUCGGGCUGCGGGAGGCGGCGGGGAGGAAGUGAUCGCUCCCGGAGGAGGCGAGCCGCGCGGCGGGCGCAGCGUGAGACAGCACAUCCUGCCCGCGCCCCGGGAGCCGCCGCCGCUCCGCCCUGCCGCAGCCCGGGAGCCGCCGCCGCCGCCUCCGCCCCGGAGCCCCGCACGGCCGCGCCGAGCAGCCAGGAAACCAAAAUGUCUGACAAAAGUGACUUAAAAGCUGAACUAGAGCGCAAAAAACAGCGCUUAGCCCAGAUAAGAGAAGAGAAGAAAAGAAAGGAAGAAGAGAGGAAAAAGAAAGAGGCUGAUAUGCAGCAGAAAAAAGAACCUGUUCAGGAUGAUUCUGAUCUGGAUCGCAAACGUCGAGAGACAGAAGCCCUGCUUCAAAGUAUUGGUAUAUCACCUGAGCCACCUCUAGUCCCAACCCCUAUGUCUCCCUCCUCGAAAUCAGUGAGCACUCCCAGUGAAGCUGGAAGCCAAGACUCAGGCGACCUAGGACCAUUAACAAGGACCCUUCAGUGGGACACAGACCCCUCAGUGCUCCAGCUGCAGUCAGACUCAGAACUUGGGCGAAGACUGCAUAAAUUGGGUGUGUCGAAGGUUACCCAAGUGGAUUUCCUGCCCAGGGAAGUAGUGUCCUACUCCAAGGAGACGCAGACUCCUCUGGCCACACAUCAUUCUGAAGAGGAUGAGGAAGAUGAUGAAAUGGUAGAGCCAAAAGUUGGUCAUGACUCUGAAGUGGAAAAUCAAGACAAAAAACAGGAGGUGAAGGAAGCCCCUCCAAGGGAGUUGACAGAAGAAGAGAAACAGCAGAUCCUUCAUUCAGAGGAAUUCCUCAUCUUUUUUGAUCGGACUAUAAGGGUAAUUGAAAGAGCACUGGCAGAAGACUCUGAUAUCUUCUUUGACUACAGCGGUCGAGAAUUGGAGGAAAAAGAUGGAGAUGUCCAGGCUGGAGCCAACCUUUCUUUCAAUCGUCAGUUCUAUGAUGAGCAUUGGUCCAAGCACCGAGUAGUCACUUGUAUGGACUGGUCUCUCCAGUACCCGGAGCUGAUGGUUGCUUCCUACAAUAACAAUGAAGAUGCUCCCCAUGAACCAGAUGGAGUAGCCUUGGUUUGGAACAUGAAAUUUAAGAAAACCACACCAGAAUAUGUCUUCCACUGUCAGUCCUCUGUGAUGUCAGUCUGCUUUGCUCGUUUCCAUCCCAACCUGGUCGUUGGUGGGACUUAUUCUGGCCAGAUCGUCUUGUGGGACAAUCGCAGUCAUCGAAGGACACCAGUGCAGCGGACACCACUGUCAGCCGCUGCACACACGCAUCCCGUGUACUGUGUAAAUGUUGUUGGGACCCAGAAUGCUCACAACCUCAUCACUGUAUCCACUGAUGGUAAAAUGUGUUCUUGGAGUCUGGACAUGCUCUCUACUCCACAGGAGAGCAUGGAGCUGGUAUACAAUAAGUCCAAACCCGUGGCUGUUACCGGAAUGGCUUUCCCGACAGGAGACGUCAAUAACUUCGUGGUUGGCAGUGAGGAGGGUAUAGUCUACACAGCCUGUCGUCAUGGAAGCAAAGCAGGGAUUGGCGAAGUCUUUGAAGGUCAUCAAGGACCAGUGACAGGAAUUAACUGCCACAUGGCAGUGGGGCCUAUCGACUUUUCACACCUGUUUGUCACAUCAUCAUUUGACUGGACUGUCAAACUGUGGACGACAAAGCACAACAAGCCGCUCUACUCCUUUGAAGACAAUGCAGACUAUGUGUACGAUGUCAUGUGGUCCCCCGUGCAUCCCGCGCUCUUUGCCUGCGUGGACGGGAUGGGGCGCUUGGACCUCUGGAACCUCAACAAUGACACCGAGGUUCCGACAGCGAGUGUGGCCAUUGAGGGGGCAUCUGCCCUAAACCGUGUUCGCUGGGCUCAGGCGGGCAGAGAAGUGGCUGUUGGAGACUCAGAAGGCCGUAUUUGGAUCUAUGAUGUUGGAGAGCUUGCAGUUCCCCACAAUGAUGAAUGGACCCGAUUUGCCAGAACCCUCGUGGAGAUCCGUGCUAACCGAGCUGAUAGCGAAGAAGAAGGCACUGUGGAGUUAUCUGCCUAGUGGAAAUGGGCUGUCAUCAUCCCAGUUCCUAACCUCACAUUCUAGAGCUCAGCGUCUGCAUUCUAGUUUGCUCAUCUUCAGUGUCCGUUCAGUAUCGGUAUUGCCAAUAUCCACAGUUUGGGUGCUAUGUUGUGCCAGCUAUGCUCAAGUACUAUGAAUGUUGUAUCUCACUCUGCUCCCCACUGACCUGAAAUUCACCAGAGCACCUCUCUCUUUAUAUUUCUGUCUCAAAAGUUGAGGGGGUCGGGUCGGAGGGAGAAGCCUUUAUGGAUUUAGUUGUUGCUUUUUUAACUACUUAGUAGCUGUAUUUAAUAGCUGGAAACCUCUGGUUAAAUUUGUGCUUACAUGCACUUCUGGCAUAGUCCUAUUAAAUCCAUAUGAAGCCAGAUAUGAUUAGGUGCAGAUGUGGUGUGCUUCAUGAUAUGGUACAGGGCCAAAGACUUGAGAUGUGGUGUUUUUACAUGGUGACUCACAUUAUGAAUGGAUUUACUAGAAGAACAUUGCUGCUCCUUAUUUACUGUGGUGUGCUGCAUGGAACAUAUUUAUUUGAAAGCAUUAAAAUAAACGAUCUUAGAGCAUGUGCAUAAUGAGAGGACUGUAUUGUCUCUCUGCUGCUGUUGAGGUUACAUUAAGUUCCAAAUAACAAUUACAGUAUGUUGGUUCCACUGAGGACAUGAAAUCAUUAGAGAUUUCUUACAGUGAACAGAAUGAAUUUUAAUGCUUAUUAUUUCUAGGUAGUUUAACAAUAUUUCAAAUAUAGCUGAUGGCUGAUACUUGUCAUUCAAGAUAACACAGCCCAACAAGAGUCCGUGGUUCCUAAAUAUGACACCAACGUUGCCAGUAUGUUCCAAACCAGGUCUGUAAAACCAUGACAUCCUUUCCUUACGGAAAGCUUUACUAGAAUUCCGUUACAACAAGUUGAUGGGGAAGAUGAAGUUGGACCACGUUAAAGAAUGAUAAUGAAUUUGUAAGCAGUGGGCCUGACUAGACAUAAACCAAGAUUCCUGGUUUUAUUUUUAUGAGGGAAUGUGUGUGGUUUCGGAAAACGUAUUUCUUUAUCUCCAUCAGGGAUACUCUAGCAUAAAGUCUAUCCCAAAUGCUGGAGUAAGAAAAACAGUUUAAGAUGAACACAUAUAAAAUGUUCUAUGUAUUUCAUUUUUAAAGAAGGUUAUGGAAGAAAAUAUCUGUUUAUUAGUAUUAAACCAGGAAAUAUAGCUAUAUAAUUUUAAUAGAAAUUUUUUUUCAAAGGGUCAUUUCAUCCCUAGAGAGAAUUAAAAUAAAUAGUGGUUGAAUCAUGAAAAAAAAAAACAUUUAAAGACAGGCUUUCAGCUUUUUAGGAAAAGAAUUUCCAUGUUGUUUUGUUGUUUUAUUGGUAGAGAUUCCUUAAACUGUGAGAUUUCUUUUGUUUAAAAAAAAGAUAUUUUUUGUCAAGUGUUCUAUGGUAUAUAGAUAUUGAAGUUCUUCAUAAUAGAAAUGAAAUAUUUAAAGAUAAAAUAUAUGUCUGAAAUAGGCUUAAAAGACAUCCAAUGAAAAGUACUGGAAAAGUGUUUCUCAAGUAUAUGCUAAAGGAUUUAAAAAUAAAACAAUAAUCUUUGAGUUGCUUCUACAGAUCAAAUUCUGGAUGAUUUCACAAAAACUGUCAAGUUGUAAAGAUCAGAGUCACUUGGAACUUACAAGAGUAUAUCAGUAUAUAUAUAUAUAUAUAUAUAUAUAUAUAUAUAUAUAUAUAUAUUGUUUUGUGGUAGCCAAAUUCCAAAAAUCUUCCAGGGUUUUUUUUCUUUGCUUUUUGGGUCAUACCUGAUGAUGCACAGGGGUUACUCCUGGCCCAUGCACUCAGGAAUUAACUCCUGGCUGUGCUUGGGGGACCAUAUGGGAUGCUGGGAAUUGAACCCAGGUCAGCUGCGUGCAAGGCAAAUGCCCUACCCGCUGUGCUAUCGCUCCAGCCCCUCUUCUAGUUUUUUUAUAGUGUCAACCCAGCCUGAAUCUAUGUUAUCCUUGUGUCACUAGUGGGAUCUGGAGGAAGAUAUGCUAUAUGAGAUCAGAAUUAGAUUAUAAGAAAACAUACUGCUUUCUUCUUAGUCUCUUGGUACAAUCAGCCUUGUCCUCCAACCUACUGAAGAAGUGAGAUUACUCUAAUAACUCCAUCCAUACCAUGGUUCAAUCUGAGCACUAAGUGACUAUGUGAUUAGAAAGACACACUUGGCUAGCUCAAGCUCAGUCAUUCAAGGUAUCCUAGCUGAUAUCCCGAGAAAUGAUAACUGAGGGUGAGUGAAGACUUUUAACACAAGUUGGCUGGAGCCAUGUUGUGCUUGAUUAGGAAAAAGAAUACACCACUAAGGGAAUUAAUGACACUGGGAUUUAUUCUAAAGGGUUCAAUCAGCAGAUUCAUCCAGAACAUAAAAUACUUACUAGGCUAGAAUUCAUUGGCUCUGAAGAACUUUUUUGCAUGUGCAACUUUACUGUGACAAUAGGUUGGCAGUGAAGGAGUCUCUGGUAGAUAUUUUAGUGAUGGUCUUUCCUGCAGAUCAAAACUGACAGAAGAGUUCAUUACAAAACAGGGUUUGCUAAUAUCCAUGUAUAUGAUGAGAUCUUGGAGUAAUACAGCUAAGUGGUGACAUUUAGCAAUCAACACAGGAAUUUACAAUUACCAUAAUGGCCAGUUAGAUCAGCGAUGUAGCCAAGGAGUUUUGGCCACAGGUAAAAUUUUCUUACCUCUAUAACGGAACACACAAAGUUAAGAAUGAAGGAGCAAUUGCCUCUAAUGAAAAUUAUAUUUCUCUACUUAUAAAUUCAUACUAAAGCCAGUUUUCAAAUCUAAUAUUAAUUGACUGAAGAGGUAUCCCCAGUUUACUAGGCCGACAAACCCUAUCACAAGUAUCUUAAGAACUGAUACCCUUAGUCCUCUAAAGGAAAAGUUGUUUAUAAUGAAGAUUGACCAUUUGUUUAGAUCAGUGCACAAUGCAAAGAAAGAAAAUCCCAGGCAGUCUGAGUAUUAUUGCUAUAGAGUAUAAAUAAACAAGGGGCCAGAGAGGUAGUGUAGUAGGUAAGGUGCUUGAUUUUCAUGUAACAGACCCUGGUUUGAGCCCCAGAACUCCAUAUGGUUCCUGAGUCUGUGAGGAGUAAGCCCUGAGCACCUCUGGAUGUGGCCCAAAAGCAAACAACAAACAAACAAUAAUGAAGCCAAAUUCACAUUAUAAUCUCAUGCUAGACCAGAAACUUUUGGUAGUUAUCAGGUAUUAAUGUGAGGUCCUUAUUAAAGUCUAGAUUACAAAUGGGUUUAUUUAGUCUCAAGACCCACAUUUCUCUGUUGAGUGUUCAAGUAGAAUUUAUAUGCUCGGCAUUGGUUUCUUGGCAUAUGAGGGAAGAGCUAAACUAAAGGAAAGGCCUGGUGCAGAUCUCUGAAUCUGCUAUAUUCCCACUUUUUCAAGAUAGUAAAUUGGGUCCUAAGCAAUUGCACAGUGGGUAAGGCACUUGCCUUCAAGUGACUGACCCAGGUUCAAAAUCCGCACCAUGUAUGGUCGCCUGAGCCCACCAAGAGUGACCUCUAAGUACAGAGUCAGGAGUAAACCAUCAGCACCACCAGGUGUGCCGCUCACCCCAGAAAGAUAGUAAAUUAAAAAACAAUACAUUUCAGGGUAGGAAUAGGAGUAUGGUCGAGAGUAAUGUCACUCUUAGUGUCACUCUUGGUGGCAUUCUUAGUGUCACUCUUACUAUUCAUUUAAUAUUCCAGUUCGGCUCUUUCAUGAACUAAGAUGGAUCUUGGGGAAGUGGGAAGUUGAGGACUGCAGAGAACUAAAAGUUCAGUUAAGCAGUGGUUAUGAUUAUAACUACUCUUAUUUAUGUGAAGUUCUUCUGAGUAUACAUUAAUAAGGUGAUGGCCUGUGACCAUUGAUUAAUUGGCUGUAUUGUUUUUCCUUACAUCUAUUUUAUAAAAUAAAAAAUACUUGCCAAUCUUAGUUUUCAUUUAGCAGGAAAGAAUGUUCUUCAUUUACUAUAUUCCUCAGGGAUAUGAUAAUUUCUCAGUCUUUGUCAUAUUCCAAAGAGGUCAAGAAUUUCUGAUCAUCUGCAGAGCAUUGCACUAAUCUAUUACUGGCAGAAUCAUGCUGAUUAGGCAGUAUAACAAGAGUUAACUAAUUUGCGAGAAAUCUUGGCAAGCCUACUUCAGAGGCUCGAGAAUAGAUUCAAAGAUGAGGGACCUAUUUCUUCCAUGUGUAUUUUCAGAAUUGAAUGGUUAAGAGCAUGCUGAUAUGUCACCUUCAAAGGAAAAGACAAAUUGCUGAGAUUUCUAGCUCCCAAAUGAUAAGAAGGUUUUCACCUGAUAACCCAUCUAUGGGUUCUGAAGGUAACACAGUUCAUAUCUAAGAAUAUUGCUCUUAUUCAUAUAGCAAGUGGCAUGCAAGACUUUGGGUGGGGGCUCCAAGUGGGAGAGGCUAUGUAGCAAUUCAAGUCAGGGAGCUCUACUCAUUUAACCACUAUAUUCUAUGGUACUGGGAAAAAUCCACAUCAGUUCUGGGAAAAGUUGUGUCAUGAAAAUUAGAGCAAGCCCCAGUAGGGAAAUUACAAUGGUGUCCCUUCAAGUUCUGAAGAAAGGUAUGUUACUGGAAGCAAUGAAUUAUAUGACUUUAAAGAAAUGACUUCCACAAAUUGAAGAGAUAGUACAGAGUACAGGGUAACUGCCUUGUAGGGGCUGAUCUGGGUUUAAUCCCUGGCAUCCCAUAUGUGCUCUCAAGCAUGACCAGGAAUGAUUCCGAUGUGUACAACCAGGAGUAAGCCAUGAGCAUCACUAAGUGGGCCCCGCAACAGCCCCCCCCACCACGACCAAAGGAAAAAAAAAAAAGAAAAAGAAAAGAAAUGGCUUCCAUCAAGUUACUGAAUUCUGGUUGCAACAGAGUUCUUCAUUAUGGAAUAAGAUAUUAGACACACAAAUUUCCUAUUAUAAAUUAAAUCCUAUCAAUCUUACCAAGUCAUCUACCAAGUCAUAAAGUUAGCUAGAUCUAAUAGAAACACCAAGUAAGAAAACCCUAUUCGUCCAGCAGGUAUAUUUAGCAGACUCAAAAACCCAGUGUCACUCAACAAGAUUUUACCAGCAUCAGUUACCCAUACUUGUCUUUACGGAUAUACAUGGGAAAGGUAGGUUCUAUAAACCUGAGUGAAGAAAGUAAUAAAGUCCCAAGCCUGGUUUACAUAUGGGUUGGCUCAGUUUACGAGUAAAUGCUGAAAAUGGAUGCUAGGUACAUUAUAGCAAUAUUCAACAGUGACACUGAAAGAUAGCAAAAAGGAAAAUAUUUCAAAUAGAGUGAAAGACCUAAUUUCCUACUUCGUGUGAAAAAAAUGAUCAAAAAUACAAAUACAUUAUACCACAGAACCCAAACCAUCAUUAUCUCUCUUUCCUGUGUCCCUGCUUUCACGUUUGACCCUCUUUAUUUUCUUAAUAUAACCAUUAAGUAACCAAUUCUGUACCAUUACAACAUUAAAUUUCAUGGCUUGAAAAAUACACCAAUGCUACUCACAACUUUUCAGGUAAAGUAAAAUUCCUUAUAAUGUUGCUUAGGCCCUAUACCUAUUUGAUUUGACUUUAACUUCCUCUAUGAUCUUACAUCCUAUUACCUGAAUGUUUAGAAAUCCACUCUGACAACUCCAAUCUCAUAGAUAUUCAUUUGAUUUACCAAAUACAUAGGGUUGGGGUUGGAGCUACAUUAUAUCAGGUAGGGCAUUUGCCAUGAAUACGACCAACCUGGGUUUGGUCCCCUGCAUCCCAUAUGGUCCUCCAAGCACAGCCAGGAGUAACCACUGAGCAUUGCAGAUAUAACUGCCAGACAAAAAAAAAAGCAAACACACAGGGUCUCUGUACUGUUUGUAUUCUGUCUAGUUGAACUGCUGAGUUUGUAAACCCUCAAACACAUACUUUCAAAUUCCAUCUUUAAUAUAAUAAAGGUUAUUCCUCUGAAUGGCUGGUUUUUCUAACAUUUUAUCUGUGAAACAGCAGGUGUCUUAAAUGCAUAAGCAUUGCAACUAUGAAGAAUCUAGUUUAAAAUAACAGCAACCACAGAAAAUGAGAUUAAAAGCAUCUCUGUCCCCCACAAGAGAAAGCAUUGAGAGAGAAAUAAACAUUGUAAGUAGAAUUAAAAUGCACAAACAGAGCUAGAGACAUGGCUCAGGGGUAGAGCUCGUGCUUUGUAUAGGUAAGGCCCUUGGUUUGAGCCCCAGCCUUGGUUUGAGCCCCAGGAGAGAGAGCGAGAGAGAGAGAGAGAGAGAGAGAGAGAGAGAGAGAGAGAGAGAGAGAGAGAGAGAGAGAGAGAGAGAGAGAAUUUGGGAUUUGGGGGUGUUGGGCUACACUCAGCAGUGCUCAAGGUUUGUUCCUGUCUCUGCACUCAGAUGACUUUGGGUGGGGUUCCCCAGACCAUAAGGGCUGGCAGGGAUCGAAGCUGGGUCAGCCACAUACAAGGCAAGCACCUUAUCCACUGUACCAACACUCUGGCCCCAAAAGAAUAGUUUGUAUUGCUAUUAAGAUAUAAAUUACAUUAAAAUGUAGAUACUAUAUUUGAUUCAACAAAUUUUAGAAGCUAUAAGCAUUCUUAUAACCAACAUAUCAAAUAAGAUCUGAACAUUUUAGUUGACCUAGAAAAUUCUCUCAUGGUUCUUUCUUGCUUUUAUUUCUAUCAACAUUAAUUAGUUUGCCUGUUCUGUUCUUAAGCUUCAUAUAAGUAAAAACUACAUUAUGAUGAUGGUAUCAAUCUUUUCAGUUGAUAUACAUUUAUUAACACUCACCCAUGUACUGAAUCCUUCAGAAAUAUGCCCUUUAAAUCACUGCUUUUCAACUCUAUGAAUAUAUUGUAUUUAUUUAACCAGUUGAUGAUCACUAGUGCUAUUUUAUCUUUGGGACUUUUUGUAUAAUUUUGCUGUGCUUAUUCUUGUAUAUUUGUUUCUUUAGCCAUAUGUUUUCUUAGGUAAAUACUAGUUGAAAUUUCUGAGUCACAUGGUGAGUCUGUGUUUAUCUUUUCAGGAAGGGUCAGUGAAGUGGUUAUUCCAUUUUGCAUUCCCACAACAAAGCAGUCUAGUUGCUCCACAGUAUUACAAUAUCUGGUAUCAUUGCUCUUUUAAUCUCAGCCACUUGGUGAAAAUGAAGCAGUAUCUAACUGCAAUUUCAGUUUGCAUAAAUUGAAUGAGCAAUGAUUUGAGCACCUUUUCAUAUAAUAAUUAGCCAUUUUAUAGGCAAAUUAUUAUAUCCUCUGUAAAAUGAUGCUCAAAUGUUUUGGUCAUGUAAAAAGUGGAUUGCUUGAUAUAAAUUAAAGAAGUUUUAAAUUUAUACUAGACAUAUAACUCUGAUCAGUUGUGUUAAUAAAUACUUCUCGCAGUA